UCUAUUCUGUCCUUAUUCAAUGUUGUACAGUGAUUCUAGAUAGAGCGGCGAAUUUGUCAGUAUUUAAGUAUUUGAAAAGCAAUGUGCAAUGAACAAACAGCACUAAUGUCUUCGUACGAUUAGGUAGAAGAGAAUGUCCCAUCCUUACGGAUCGUUUUCAGCACAAAGAAUGCAUUCGAGACGUAGACAUGGAGAUAGAGGUGAAAGUUCUCAGUCUGGAGAAUCACAUUUUGGUAACCAUGGCCGAGGCAGAGGACAAGGAGGACAUCCUCCUUGGUUAAAAGGCAAACAAAUAGGACUUUAUUACAGAGAUAAAGCCAGAGAAAUGAAGCAAAAAUCAACUAAAGUUAUUAAGUUAUCUGAACAUGUUCAAGUACAAAUUGAACGUGUGUUGUAUAAUUCUAAAGGAUAUUAUGAAAAAUUAUACAACAAUGCAUAUGCUGAAGAUACAUUGCAUGGCACGUUGGAAAAUAAAUAUAUGCACAUUCAUGACUCUCAGUUUAAAAGGAAGUUCAUGAACAUGGUGUCUGGUAACUUACAUGAAAAUCUUGAUAGAGCUUUGCUGGUUAAAUCGAGAUUAGAAAGGGAUAGUGAUUUAGAUAAAAUGUUAUUUAAUGAAUUUAAAGUAAAGACAGCAACGCAAGAGUAUCAGAGUAUGGAAAAGAUUAGAUUAAAGUUACCGGCACAUCAUAAAAAAGUAGAUAUAUUAAGAUUACUUAAAACAAAUCAAGUUAUUGUAAUAAGUGGAGAAACUGGUUGUGGAAAAACAACACAGGUUCCUCAGUUUAUAUUGGAUGAUGCAAUAGAACAUAGAGAUGGUAGCGUUACACGAAUUAUUUGCACUCAACCUAGGAGAAUAUCAGCAAUAUCCGUUGCUGAAAGAGUUGCAGCUGAGAGAGCAGAAAGAUUGGGUAAAUCUGUUGGUUUUCACAUUCGGCUUGAAAAAGUAUUACCAAGAGAUAGAGGCAGUAUACUGUUUUGUACUACUGGAAUGUUGUUACAGUUUCUUCAAGGUGAUCCAGCCUUAAAAGAAUUUUCUCAUAUUAUAUUGGAUGAAAUUCACGAAAGGACUACCGAAAGUGAUUUUAUUCUUGCUUUAUUGAAACUAAUUAUUUCUAAAAGAUCUGACUUGAAAGUCCUUUUAAUGAGUGCAACAGUUAAUCCUGAAAGUUUUUCCGAAUAUUACAAUAACUGCCCAAUGAUUCAUAUUCCAGGCUUUACUUAUCCAGUUACAGAGUAUUAUUUAGAGGAUGUUCUAUUCCUUACUGAAUUUAAAUUUCCACCGGCAACUGCAUUGCCCCAAGAUCAUAGAAAACAUAUCAAAAAAUAUAAACAGGAACAACAAAAAAGAGAUGAGUUUCAAGAUAUGAUAGGUCCUUACGCACGAAUACUUAAAAUCGAGCACAAAUAUACAAAAGAAGUAAUUGAUCAAUUACGGAAUCCUCACAGUGAAAAACUGUCUCUUGAUCUUAUAGAACAAUUAAUUAGGUAUAUUUGCAGAAAAAGAGAUCCUGGAGCUAUUUUAGUUUUCCUUCCUGGUAUGAUGGAUAUAAUAAAACUAAAUAAAAUUAUGUUGGAAAAUGGACAUUAUCCACAAAAUCAAUACGUUAUUUAUCCCCUUCAUUCUCGUAUGCCAACUAUUGAUCAAAAGCUCAUAUUUAAAGAACCAUCCGAAGGAGUUCGGAAGAUAAUAAUUGCAACUUCAAUAGCCGAAACUUCUAUAACUAUUGAAGAUGUAGUAUAUGUUAUUGAUUGUGGGAAAACGAAGUAUGGUAAAUUUGAUCUUCAAAAAAAUAUCCAAACUUUGGAACCUGAAUGGGUAUCGUUAGCUAAUGCUAGACAAAGAAAAGGCAGAGCCGGCAGAGUAAAACCAGGAGUCUGUUAUCAUUUGUAUUCAAAAGCUAGAGAAAAGACAUUUGAAUGUUUUCCAUUACCUGAAAUGUUAAGGACGCGUUUGGAGGAAGUUAUUUUACAAAUAAAAAUUCUACAAUUAGGAAAAGCUAAAACAUUCUUAGAAAGUGUUAUGUCUCCACCAAAUAUGAAAGCUAUAGAUUUGUCUUUAGAUUUACUCCGGACACUUAACGCGUUGGAUGACGAGGAACAUUUGACUCCUUUAGGAUAUCAUUUGGCGCAAUUACCACUAGAUCCACGAACAGGGAAAAUGAUUAUAUGGGCGGCAUUAUUUUCGUGUGUGGAGCCAGUUUUUGCAAUUGCAGCGAGUCUUAAUUUUAAAGAUGCAUUUUACUGCCCUCUUGGAAAAGAGGAAGAAGCACGAAAAAAGAAGCUCGAAUUAAAUAUGAAUCAAUUUAGCGAUCAUAUCGCGUUAUCUGAGGCAUUAACGAGAUUCGAGGCCGCGUACAAAAGGAGCUACGCAAGCUCUUUUUGUAGAGAUUAUUUUCUUUCUUUUAAUACGCUUAAACUUCUUUCCGAAAUGAAAACUCAAUUUGCCCAACAUUUGUAUCAAAUGAAAUUUAUGAACUCGGAAAAUCCCAGUGACGUUAAUGCUAACAAGAACUCCAAAAACACAGUCUUAAUAAAAGCAAUAGUAUGUGCUGGAUUGUAUCCUAAUGUUGCUGUUAUAAGAAAAGUUACAAGAAAUGGAACAUUUGCAUGGACUCCAGAAGAUGGCUGCGUUGCUAUACAUCCGUCAAGUGUAAAUGAUAGAGUUAAGGAAUAUACUAGUCCAUAUAUUACGUAUUUUACAAAACAAUUAUCAACGGCAAUAUACUUGCAUGAUACUACGUGCGUUACUGCGCCAAUUUUAUUAUUUGCUGCUCCGAAUAUGUCCAUAAGAAAAGAAAAAGGAAACUAUUUUAUCAGUUUACCAAGCAGUCAAAAUUUUGCUUGUGAUUGGCAAAGUGCACAGCUUAUUCAGAAAUUACAAGAACAGUUUAAUAACUUGUUAGAAUAUAAAAUAACACAUCCAGGAACAGUAUGCUGGAAUGGUUUUGAAGGCGAUUUACUAAAUGCUAUCAUAAACCUGGUUUGUCAAAAAGAUGAGGAAAUGGGAUUUUCUGAGUCUAAUAUUCAAAAAUGUGAAGAUAAUAUGUGUGAUUGAAUUUGACGAUUUAAUUUAAUGAACUAUGAUAAUCACAACUUUAAAAACAUAACAAAAUAGCUAGAGGAACUUGGAUUCUUAAUACUCUUUUCAAUUAUCGGAAUUACGUAAAUUUCGUAAGAUAUUCAAAUAAUUCAUUAUUUGUAGUUUUAGAUAUUUAAUUAUAAUAAGUAAAAAUAUAUGAAAUUUGUAAUAUAUAUAUAUA